UAAUCGACACUUCACGAUUAGUAAUGAGACCGCACGCUUCUAAUGCUCUCUCUAUCUAAUGAAGCCAAAAGCUAGCUCCCUUUCUCAUGAUUUUAAGUAGUUACAGAGUCACCAUCAUCCUCCCCAAGCUCACGUCUUCACUGUGACACUCUCACCUACAGUAACUCAGUUCCGCUUUCAAGAGCUUCUCCGAUAAGCAGCUUAUGUGAUUUCUCACAAUGUCUCCGAUCACAUUGCCUCUCUCCCAAUCCAAACUCUUAUUUCCAUCCUUCACCGGCGUUUCUCUCUCCUCCGUUUCCGCUUCCUCUAACAAACACUCCUCCAUUUCCAUCCCUUACAAUGCUUCUCAUUUUAACUUCCCCAGGCUCGCUUCCACCAGUGGAUCUCUCCGCGCCCCAUCUGCAGCCUCUACCACCACUAUCACCACCUCCGUCGUCGACGGGACUGAAGAUGACCACUCCGAUCUUGGCGGUGGAGCAACCGCCUUCGUCAUCCAUUCCCGUAAACGAAUCGGCCUCCUCCAGGUCAUUAUUCGUGUAUUCAAAGUACUUGGCCUUAUUGUCGAGAAGGCCACUGUUGAAUAUGAAGGGGAUUAUUUUACGAAAACGUUUUAUGUUACCGAUUCCAGUGGGAAUAGAAUUGAGGACGCUGAGAGCUUGGAUAAGAUUAAGAAAGUGUUGAUGCAGGCGAUCGAAAGUGGAGAACGUGGAGCCGCCGAGGUGAAGACGGGGUCCACGGGAAGAGGUAUAGUGGUGAGGAGGCCUGGAUUGAGGCUAGGAGAGAAUAGAGCAAAAGUGGAGAGAAUGUUCGGCUUAAUGGAUCGGUUUUUGAAGAACGAUCCGGCUACUCUACAAAAUGAUAUUGUGAAUCACGUUGAGUAUACGGUGGCCAGGUCACGCUUUAGUUUCGACGAUUUUGAAGCUUACCAGGCUUUGACACAUAGCGUGAGAGAUCGUUUGAUCGAACGUUGGCAUGAUACCCAAAUAUGCUUCAGGAGGAAAGAUCCAAAGCGUUUAUACUUCCUCUCACUUGAGUAUCUUAUGGGUCGCUCCUUGUCAAAUAGUGUCAUCAAUCUUGGCAUUCGAGACCAAUAUGCAGAUGCAUUAUCUCAGCUUGGUUUUGAUUUUGAAGUUUUGGCAGAGCAGGAAGGGGAUGCUGCCCUUGGUAAUGGUGGCCUUGCUCGUCUUUCAGCUUGUCAAAUGGAUUCCUUAGCUACGUUGGACUAUCCUGCAUGGGGUUAUGGGCUGCGAUACCAGUAUGGGUUGUUCCGCCAGGUCAUAUUGGAUGGCUAUCAACAUGAGCAACCUGAUUAUUGGUUAAAUUUUGGAAAUCCUUGGGAGAUAGAACGGAUUCAUGUAACUUAUACUGUGAAGUUCUAUGGGACUGUCGAAGAGGAAAAUUUUAAAGGUGGAAAGCAUAAAGUAUGGGUCCCCAAUGAAACGGUUGAAGCUGUAGCGUAUGAUAAUCUAAUACCUGGCUAUGGAACAAGGAAUACCAUUACACUUCGCCUCUGGGCUGCUAAACCAAGUGAUCAAAAUGACAUGGAGUCGUAUAAUACUGGAGACUACAUCAAUGCCGUUGUCAAUAGACAGAGGGCAGAAACCAUAAGUAGCAUUUUAUACCCUGAUGACCGCUCACAUCAGGGGAAGGAACUACGGUUGAAACAACAAUAUUUUUUUGUCUCUGCGUCAUUGCAAGACAUUAUUCGGAGGUUUAAAGACACUCACAGUAACUUUGAUGACUUCCCAGAAAAGGUUGCCCUGCAGCUGAAUGAUACUCACCCGUCUCUUGCAAUAGCUGAGGUCAUGAGAGUGCUCGUUGACGAAGAGAAUUUGAGUUGGAGCAGAGCAUGGGACAUUUCAUGCAAGAUUUUUACUUUUACCACUCACACAGUGUUGCCUGAAGCAUCAGAGAAAAUACCUGUUGAUCUACUGGGAAGUCUUCUACCACGCCAUUUACAAAUAAUAUAUGAAAUAAACUUUAGAUUCCUUGAAGAGUUGAAGAAGCGAAUUGGUUUAGAUUAUGACCGACUUUCCAGGAUGUCAAUUAUUGAGGAAGGUGCAGUGAAGAGUAUUCGAAUGGCAAAUCUAUCAAUUGUCUGCUCUCACACUGUGAAUGGUGUCUCUAAAAUGCACGCAGAGUUAUUAAAAACAAGAGUGUUCAAGGACUUCUAUGAGUUGUGGCCUCACAAAUUUCAUUACAAGACAAAUGGAGUAACCCAGCGUCGCUGGGUUGUUGUCAGCAACCCAAGUUUGUGUGCUCUUAUCUCAAAAUGGCUUGGAACAGAAGCUUGGAUUCGUGAUAUGGACCUAUUAGUAGGUUUGCAAGAGUAUGCAACAAAUGGUGAUCUACAUGAAGAAUGGAAGAUGGUGAGGAAGGUUAACAAAAUGAGGCUUGCAGAAUAUAUUGAAGCAAUGAGUGGAGUCAAGGUCAGUGUGGAUGCAAUGUUUGAUGUGCAGUUAAAGCGAAUACAUGAGUACAAAAGACAGUUUCUCAAUAUACUUGGCAUCAUCCACAGAUAUGAUUGCAUUAAGAACAUGGAGAAGAAAGACAGGAGAAAUGUUGUUCCUCGAGUUUGCAUAAUUGGGGGAAAAGCUGCUCCUGGUUAUGAAAUUGCAAAGAAGAUUAUCAAACUAUGUCAUGCUGUAGCAGAAAAGAUUAACAAUGACCCAGAUAUUGGAGAUCUUUUGAAGCUGGUUUUUAUCCCAGAUUACAAUAUCACUGUUGCUGAGUUGGUAAUUCCAGGGGCUGACCUCUCACAACACUUAAGCACUGCGGGACAUGAGGCAUCGGGAACCGGCUGCAUGAAGUUUUUGAUGAAUGGAUGUUUACUUUUAGCUACUGCAGAUGGUUCAACCAUUGAAAUUAUAGAAGAAAUAGGCGCAGAUAACAUGUUUUUGUUCGGUGCAAAAGUCAGCGAAGUUCCAGUUUUGCGCAAGAAAGCACCUAAUCUUAAAGUACCUCUUCAAUUUGCUCGUGUUGUAAGAAUGGUUCGAAAUGGCUACUUUGGCUUCGAAGACUAUUUUGAAUCGUUAUGUGACAGCGUGGAGGUUGACAAUGACUUUUACCUCCUAGGUGCUGAUUUUGAGAGCUAUCUGGAGGCACAGGCCGCAGCGGACAAGGCAUUUAUUGAUGAAGAGAAGUGGACUCAAAUGAGCAUUCUUAGCACAGCUGGGUCUGGAAGAUUUAGCAGUGAUAGAACAAUCGACGAUUAUGCAGAGAAGACUUGGGGAAUUGAACGCUGCAGAUGCCCAGCCUGAUCUCUUAUUCCUCUGAAUUGAGAUACCAGUCGAGCAGAACAAAUAAUGGAUCAAGGCACAUGCGAGCUUUCAUUUUUAUGCAUUACAGUUCUCCCAGCGGCACUACUUGGCAUCAGUUUUCACGCCAAAUGCUGAAAGGCCUACAUCAGAAGAAGCAAGCAGGAAGCUAUGGAAGCUCAGCAUGUAACUUGAAGAGAAUAAUAAAGGAGUAUCUAGCAGGAGUAAUCUGCAUAUCAUUAUAUAUGCAAUAAAUAAAAUUUAGAUAUGCAGUUAUACUUCAUGGAAAUGUAAAAAAAAUAAAAAUGUAGCUUCACUCGUGAGUUAACUGUAAUAAAAUUUUGUUAGCUUUGUUAUAAAAAUGAUAAUCAUGAUUGAUUAUCAUUUUUUUAAAAAGCUACUUUGGAAUAAUUACCUAUAACCAAUUCUUUA